AUUUUCAGGAGUCUAAAGUUGCUGUUGAAGUUUUGUCUGGAGAGAAGAAACCAGAGACAACAGCUCCUCAGCUCAGCCUUUAAAAGUCGUCUUCUGCACUCUGAAAGAAGAAAUGUUCGCUGGACAGCAGGAGUUGAAAAUGAAUGUUGACCAGCAAGAUAUUAAAGAGGAACAAGAGAAACUUUGGACAAGUCAGGAGGAAGAGCAGCUUCACCAGCUGGAGGAUGCUGAUAUCACCAAGUUACCUUUCACUGUUGUUGCUGCAAAGACAGAAAAUGAAGACAACCCACUGACAUCACACAGUCAUCAAAGCUUGAGUUUUGAUUGGUUGCAGAACAGUAAUAACUGUGCUAGCAAUAGCAGCUGUGAGAUGGUCAAGAAACAGCUCAAUUGCUCUGAAUGUGGAAACUCAUUUGUUCCCAUCAACUAUUCAGAGGAAAACAAGAGAGUUCAAGCAAGUGAGAAGCUUUUAAACUGUCCUGAGUGUGAUGAAAGGGCGAGGCAAAAGAACAGUCUGAACACACAUGCACAAAGUCACGUCAUAAAGAAUUUGUUUGGCUGCUCUGAAUGUGGUAAAAGAUUUGUGGAAAUGGGUAUUCUAAAUAGACACAUGAGAGUGCAUACAGGUGACAAAUCAUUUGGCUGUUCCGAGUGCAUUAAAAAAUUUAGAGACAAAAGCCAUCUAAAAGCACACAUGAGAAUUCAUACCGGUGAGAAACCAUUUUUCUGUUCUGAGUGUGGUAAAAGAUUUGGACAAAGGGGAAAUUUAGAAACACACAUGAGAAUUCAUACAGGUGAGAAACCAUUUGGGUGUCCUGAGUGUGUUAAAACUUUUCGAGACAAAAGCCAUCUAAACGCACACUUGAGAAUUCAUAUCGGUGAGAAACCAUUUGUCUGUUCUGAUUGUGGUAAAAAGUUUAGAGAACACAACCAUCUUAAUGCACAUAUGAGAAUUCAUACAGGUGAGAAACCAUGUGUCUGUUCUGAGUGUGGUAAAAGAUUUAGAGAAAAAUACACUCUGAACAGACACAUGAUAGUUCAUACAGGGAAGAAAUUACUGGGCUGUUCUGGGUGUAGUAAAAUGUUUGGACAAGAAAGUGAUUUGAUAAAACACCUUAGAAGUCACACAGGGGAGAAACCAUUUGGCUGUACUGAGUGUGGUAAAAGAUUUGCAGUAAAAAAUACUCUGAAAACACACAUGAGAAUUCAUACAGGGAAGAAAUUAUUUUGCUGCUCUGGGUGUAGUAAAAUGUUUGGACAAAAAUGUGAUCUGAUAAAACACUUGACCAUUCAUACAGGAGAGAAACCAUUUGUUUGUUCUGAGUGUGGUAAACAAUUUAGAGAAAAAAACACACUGAACACACACAUGAGAAUACACACAGGAGACAAACCAUUUGUCUGUUCCGAGUGUGAUGAAAGAUUUGUACGAAGAAGCAGCCUUAACACACACAUGAGAGUUCAUACAGGUGAGAAACCAUUUGGCUGUCCUGUGUGUGGUAAAACAUUUCGAGACAAAAGUAAUCUAAAUGCACACAUCAGACGACAUAGAACUGAGAAACCAUUUGAUUGUUCUGAGUGUAGUAAAAAGUUUAAAGAAAAAAGUGAUCUGAAGAGACACAUGAUAAUUCAUACAGAAGAUAAACCAUUUGGCUGUUUUGAAUGUGGUAAAAAAUUUCGAGAACGCAGUCAUGUAAAUGCACACAUGAAAAUUCAUACAGGUGAGAAACCACUUGCUCUGAGUGUGGUAAAAGAUUUAGAGGAAAAAAACACUGAAUACACACAAGAAUCCACACUGGAGGCAAACCAUUUGGCUGUUUUGAGUUUGGUGAGAGAUUCUUACGAAAAGGCACUCUGAACACACACGCGAAGUAAUGAGUCUGAGAAACCAUAUGACUGCCCUGAGUGUGCCUGGUGAUGUAGAGAUGAAAGCAAUUAAACCAAAUUCAUAUGACGUCAUACAGGAAAUAAAUUGGCCUGUUCUUUCUGCUGUAAAAAAAUGGAGACAAAUUCAUAGCAAGUUCUGUUGGCUUCUCACUUUUUUUUCCUUUGGGUCCCCACAGGAGAUCCAGUACGGCUCUGCCUGUUGAGACAGCACAUAUUUUGUGUUGGAUACCUUUCCUGACACAACUCCAUAUCACGUAGAGAAUGGGUAUGGCUGGUCUUGAAUUGGGAAUUAUGGAGU